AUGGAACUAUGCAGGGGGUUUCAAUUUUCUGUGAAUGUCAGAAACACUUCAGCAGCUCCACUAAGAAAAGCAACAACUGCAGGUGGUGGAGGUACAAAAGCAUUGAGCGAUUUAAGUCAAAUUCCGUUCGCGCGUAAACUGGCCCUUGUUCAAAAUACAACAAGUGCAUCAUCAAUUGUUCUGAUUCCUGGUAAAGAUAAUUCAACGAGCAGAGCAACAACAUCGAAUGCACAAGAUAUUUUACAAGAUCUCCACACAUUGAUACAAGAUGCAUCAACACCGAAGAAAAAAGAUGCAAGUGACAGUGAAAGUGUGAUGGAAUAUAGUGACGAUGACGAACAAAUUGAAGCUUUAUUUAGCUGUUUUAAAGCCAAGAAAACAUCCGUCGAAAAAACAAAGAUUAUUCAUUCAUCAAUGCAAUUGGCAGUGACGGAAGCGAAUAAUAAUAUUCAAAAAAAGUUAAAUCAAAUUGUCACAACACAGACGAAGCACGAUAAAAUGUUUGAAUUAUUAUUUAAAAAUCAAGUUCAUAUACCCUUGGAAGAGCCUGAAGGUGAACAGCAGCAAGGUGAAGAAGAAAGUCUAGAUGAACAUUUUGAAAUAGCUGUUAUGUGUGAACGUGAUGGAGAACAAAUUAAUUUAUUGUCAAUAGAAGCAGAUCAAAAUUAUAUGAAUUUAUAUGUAACAUUUAUGA